CGAGCACUUAUACUGCAUCUUGUGUAGAAAUAAAUUUGGGGAGUUCUAUGCGUCCGUUGUAGGUAUACGAGCGUCUAAACUUCGUACGCGCGAAAUCAAGCUUAUUUCCACCAUUUCAAGCCUAUGCACACUGGCCAGCGAGUAUUGGAGAACAAAAGACGGCCGCAAGUCAAGUGCAUUUUUUGCACGAUUUCACUGCCGAGUGCGAGCCCUGCAUACUUAUGUCAGCGUAGGCAGACAUUCUGAAUCACAAAGGACUAGUCUGUCCGUCCGAGAGAAAGUCUUCCGCGAAGACGCUGUCGCGGCGCAGCUUUGAGGUUAUUCCAGGACGACCGAUGCAUCGAGUGCAUCAAGGAUAACAGAUGAACUUUGCUUUCUCAAGAGGAACUCUAAUUCCAAUAGAUUGUAAAUCUUAAGUUGACAAUUAAGGGUAGAUAAAUAAGUUUUAUAUGAUGCUGCGCUUGUACUGAUUUGGUUACUCAAAACUUUUAUUCAUGCCAAGUGUGUCAAGCCACGCAAUCUUGCUUCUGUGUCUCCAACAUGUGUAAUACAAUAAAUUUUUGUAAAGAGGCCACGCACAAAUCAGGGAGCCAAGCUAAUUGAACAUCGCAAAAACGUUUAUUUUUAGAUCAACGUUUGAAACGUAUCUAACAUCGACGGAACGAUGUCGAGCAUCUGCGAAGAUUACGUCCACCUGUCGCAGUUCUAUUACGCUACGACACACGAAUACAGCGAGGAUCCCAAAGCUGCAUUCAAGCAUACAAUACGCCAAAUUAAAGAUAUCAACUUUGCUAUCCCAGAAGGAAGUCCGGUGGAACGCCACAAACCAGAGUAUGUGGGAUUCACGGCAUUGCAUUUCGCGGUGUUGAAGAACUGCGAAGAGGCGGUGAAAUUGUUAUUGGAGCGCGGCGCAGAUCCGACGCUGAGAAAUCGAGAUGGCUACAGUCCACUUCGUUUGGCCGGUGAAACCAGUUUCAGAAGCCAACGUCGAUGUCUGGAUUUACAAGGUCAAUUGAAGCAUCCCAUUCUCGAGAUGCUACUUUCGGCACAAGUCAAAGCAGGAAACACUACAAAUGUAAGCUGCAAGAACGGCGUGUCCCACUUCCAUUUGGCUUGCAUGAUGAAUCACGAAGAGGCCGUCAAGUUCUUUUUGUACGUCAGCAGGGUACCCGUCAAUCAAACUGUCAAUCGGGACUCGCCAAUACUGCCAGGCUACACUGCUUUGCACUUUGCCGUGAGGUACGGCAGCACUACCGUUGUAUCUGCCCUUCUUGACAGCAGGGCCGACUUGACGAUCGGCGAUAUCGCUGGUAUUACACCACUGCAGCUGCUCGUCGAACGCAACCUAGAACUCAUCGACGUGAUCAGCACCGGAGAUGAGAAAAUGUGGGGUGAGUUUGAAGAGGACCUAAAGGCCAACGAAGAAAUACUGGACCUAUUGUUGGACUGGUCAAGACUUUUUAAGACCGACUCGUUAAUGCCUGAGCUCCACGCGUUAUGCGCAAGGAGGGCACCGUCACAUGAAUUAAUCCUGCGACUCACCGAGCGUGACAUUAAUGCUGCUCUCGAUGUACGAUCACCAGUCAGACCAGGCUACACAGCUCUGCACAUCGCCGCGCACUUCGACGUCGAGACCGUGAAGCUACUCUUGAGUCGUGGAGCUGAUGUGGCAAUCAAGGAUGUUAGAGGUGUUACGCCGUUUGACAUCUGUGUGAGUCACUUCAAUUCCGAGGAUGUACAGAGCGUCAUUGAAUCUGUCAAAAGUCUGAGAGAUAUAUCCUUCACGGAUGGCACGGAACUGUUGGACGUAGUGCUGAUGAUCAGCGACCCGACGUUAAUAGAUGGCAAGUACUUUCGGCACCAAGUGACAUCGGAUUCGCCUUUAUGGGCCGGUUACACAAUGCUGCACUUGGCCGUAGAGUUCGCACGAAGACUGGACAGUGCAGGUGACAUCAUAAAUAAGUCCGAUCGAUAUAUUCCUAGCAAGUUGACAGUUAGAGGCAAAGUUGACGAAGCAUCUAAACGAGUUGUACGAGCAUGUUCAAAGUUCAUAGAUAUAUCGACGCAGAACGCGAGCGGCAUGACGGCCCUUCAUUUGGCCUUCCGCCAGCACAAGAGAGACCUGGUCAAUCUUCUGCUGGAAGAAAUUCACAAAAAGGGGAUGAAAACGAAUCCCUCGGACUUUGGUAAUCUGUCGCACCUGCACAUUAUGUGCGUGGAAGGACGUACGUCUAUCGUCCAAUCAUACUUGAACAGCUGUAACAGCCAGAUUAACUUGAAUGACGCAGUGCAAACGGGCUUUCAGUGGUAUACGGUAUUCCCUGAGCCAGGUUACGCCAGACCAGGAUCAACGGCGCUUCACCUCGCCGUCAUAUUCCACAAGGCGGACGUUGCAAGGCUGCUCUUGCAGCACGGUGCAGAUCCUCUAGCCCUGGAUGCCGAUGGUUUAACUCCGCUGCAACUCGCUUUUCUCAAUGGUAGUCUAAAUACUCCUAUGCGCACCGUUUUGAUCUCGGGAUUGAAAGCGACGAACGUCAACCCAACGAGUAGCGAGGGUCUGAGCCUUUUCCACGUCGCCUGCUACACCAACAACGAAUCCCUCGCUGAGGGACUUCUGAGAAAUGGACUAGCCGAUCUUGAGGCUUCGAUAGAAUGUGGAUUAAAGGAUACUCACAAAGACAGGCCCAAGGCUAUUAAAACCAGCCAAUACUACACUAGCGAGUAUGACUGCUCCGAGAACUUCCUACCACUGGCACCGUUUUCAGGCUACCGAGCCUUGCACAUGGCCGUCCAGGGUCAAGCACUGCAGGUAGUGCAGAUGCUCGUGAGGUAUGGUGCUGACAAGCAAGCUCGAAAUACAGUUGGUCUAAGCUCAUUGCAGCUGGCUCUGCAAUAUGUUCAUCGAGAUAAACGUUCCAAAGAAAUUGCUAUUCGUCUCCUCCAAAACUCAGCUGAAUACGAAGAUUUGACGGAUCUACACAUCGCUUGCCUCCUGAAAGCGGAAGCUGCCUUCGAGAAAGCACUCGAGGCUGGUGUCGACAUCGAUGCUCGACUGGACCUGGAGUCGCCGAUUUGGCCUGGUAGCACAGCAUUGCAUCUCUUGUUUGAAGGCGAUAUAGUUUGGAAUAAACUUGAACCGAUGCUUAAGCAGCUUCUGCGCCGUGGAGCCAACGUCAAUCAACCGAAUUGUGAAAAUUUAACGCCGAUACACUUGGCGUAUAAUCAAAACUGUCUUCCUGCGGUGAAAAUGAUGCUGCGAAGUUCACGUAUUCUCGAGAGUAAUCCAGUCGACGACGAGGGUCUGUCACAUUUUCACAUAGCUUGCGCCUUAGCAGAAUGUAGCCUCGUGGAAGAGUUUCUAGUUUGCGGUCUCGCAGAUGCCAACCUCCCUAAGGAUUUCUUCACAUCAGGCGACGAUGCUGGCUAUGCUCCGCUCCACUUUUCAAUGUUUCGCGGAAACUGUGCGACAGUCGAGACUCUGUUGCGCCAUGAAGCUAAUGUUCUUGCGGUGAAUCGUAACGGAUCGACGAUUCUUCAUAAGGCUGCUCGACAGAUGGAUUCCUCAGACAGACCGAUUCAUGAAAAAAUAGUUUUGAGGUGCAUCAACGCCAAUGCAAACGUUAAUGCAAUGGAUAUAUUUGGAAUUACGCCGCUUGAGUUAUGUUUACAAAACAACGCAAGUUACCUAAUCCCACUUUUUUUGGAACGCGGAGCUCGCAUCAACCUUGUAAAUCCGAUAAGCGAUAAAGGACUUCUAAGCUAUGCCGACGGUUCAAACUUGCAAUUUAUUUUAGAUAAUGCAAGCGAUAUUGCUAGCAUAGACCCUGACACGGGAUUCAAUGCGAUUCAUAAUAUCGUUUCUAGUCAUUCUUUUAAUACUGAUUAUUUCAUUUUGGGAAGAGUUAUUGAACAGUUAAUGGACAAAGGAUGUGAUCUGGAUCAACCGGAUGCUAAAGGCAGAACACCCCUACACGUGGCGAUGAGAUGGAAAGAAAGUUAUAUGACAGUUCAAGUUUUACUCGAUCUUGGUGCCGAUAUAAACGUGGUCGAUAAAGCUGGGAAUACUCCGCUGAUAUAUUGUAAAUCCUUCAACAAAACUCACGGACUUGUACUCUCCCAUUUAUCGAAAUUGGAUGAUUUCGGUUUAUUUGUAAAUGCUGUGAACAAAAAUCACCGCAGUGAGCUAAGUAAAAUGCACGAAAAUACUGAGGAGUUGAGACACCAAGAACUCAUUAAUUCUAGAGUUGAAAAUUGUUAUGAUAAGGAAUUAGAAAAUAUACGCGAAGUUAUCAUUUUUGAAGGUUUCAGUCUUGCCGAUUUGCUCAAGGAGACAGCCGUCACAGCGUAUCCAAGUUUGGCAAGGUCGAAACGCGAGGCUAUAGCUAAUAGUGUUGGAUUUGAUAAAUUGUUAAGGUGGCCAAUUCUGAUGAGUUUGCUGAAUCUGCAACACAGAAGAGCUCUAGCCAGGAUUCCACUGUUUGAAUCUGCUAAAGCUUCACUGCAGCUUUGCGCAAGGCGAGCUUUGUCCGACUUUAGGUUGCCUGACCUCUGUUCUGACAUGAUUGUUAGAUUCUUAACUAACGAAGACUUACUUAGUUUAAGUAAUAUUAUUGAAUAAUAUUUUUGUAUUAUGUAUGAAGAUGUAACGUUUUAUAAAAUACCGUAAAUGUAACAAGCAAGUAAAUUGCUUGAGAUUUUGACAUACCCUAUUUCAUACACCAAACUCGUAUAAAAUUUGAUAAAAUAAAGACAUUUAUUCAUAGCAAAAACCUUAAGUGUAUUAAGCGUGUUUAUUCAAAACGGUUUGAGAUUGUUAUACGAUAGUUUUAUAAAAACAACAAUUCACACAUCACAGAUUAUUCGAAAAAAAAAAAAACACUUAUAAAUCGGUCUUAG